GACGGAGCAAACCGGUGUUGUUAUCGAGGACCGCUCCAGUCGCAGUUUGGUACCGUCGGAGUGCGUCUAAACUUGUCUGUUAGUAUCUGUCGUCAUGUUUAAGGAUGUGGGUACAAACCGGAAGCGAUCAAAGUGAGAGUGGUACCAGUAUCAACGAUACCGGCGGUGCUGCUCAGGAUAGAGGUAGAUGCACCAUAGCGGAUGGUCUGGUCGAUACCCCAGAACUCAGAAGCGGGGGAUGUGCGCGUAAUUGGACUGCAUAUUUGGAACCAGUGAACUUCGAAGAAUCGGUACCACCGAAGGUUAACUCGCCAUUUGUAGACGAGAGGGACGUCGUUGGCUCGAACGAUACAGCCACCAAGUUCUGAGUGAUUACACCUUGAGAGAACAGGUUGUCGGUGACUAGAACAAAAUUUGGUCAGGGAUGGAACAAGAAUGACUAUUGGGGCACAUACCGGUAGGGACCGUGCUGCUAGUAUCAGGUGAAAGGGUGCCGGUGGUCAGAUCAACAGGACCAAUACUACAAUCAAAGACUACUACCAAGCGACACCGUGUCGGUGAACUCCGUUCCAGAGAAAGACCCUGAGCCGUAUGUUACAGACUGAGAUGGACGGUGAGUACUAGUUCGCAAAGUUCACCUGAGCACUUACAACACGGUCAUUUGUUUGGGUGGAAGUACCAGUGCGAACGUAUACCUUGCCAGCACCAACCCAGGUAUUCGAGCUACCCGUGUCGACCAAGAGGGAAUCUGGACAUAUGUUAGGCAGGCACAGAAACAGGGAACAUGGUACCCACAAGUGGUAGCUGGUGACCCAACGGCAACCUGAAGGCGUGGGUGAAUAAUCAGACG